CCCACUUCCUCGCGCUGCCCAAGCUUCCCUCUGCCCGGGAGACGGCGGAUAUGGUGGUCAACCAUGUGUUCCGGUUGCAUGGGAUUCCGGCGGACAUCGUGUCGGACCGUGGUCCCCAAUUCACUUUCCAGGUCUAGAGAGCUUUCGGCCAGGCUCUGGGCGCAACAAUUAGCCUGUCCUCCGGAUUUCACCCCCAGUCUAACGGGCAGACUGAGAGGCUAAACCAGGAGCUCGAGGCCUCCAUCCGCUGCAUGGCCGCAUCAAACCCUUCUAGCGGGAGUACUUACCUGUCCUGGAUAGAGUACGCCCACAACUCCCUUACUUCUUCGGCCACUGGUCACUCGCCAUUCGAGGUCUCUCUGGGAUACCAGCCCCCCCUGUUCCCUGCUCAGGAGGUGGAGACAGCCGUUCCCUCGGUGCAGCUCCACAUCCGUCGCUGUAGGAGGGUGUGGAAGGAUACCAGAGCCGCUCUUCUCCGUACGGCGGAGCAAAAUAAACGGGUGGCAGAUCGGCGCCGCGUUCCGGCUCUUUCCUACCAGGUCCAUCCGACAUUCCAUGUCUCUUUGAUCAAGCCGGUGUCCACCAGUACUCUGUGCCCUCCGGCCAUACCCCCUCUGCCCGCCCGACUCAUCGACGGGGGCCUGGUUCACACGGUCAGGAGACUUGUGGAUGCUCGGCAGCGGGGGCGGGGCUUCCAAUUCCUUGUAGACUGGGAGGGAUACGGUCCAGAGGAACGCUCAUGGGUGCCCCGUUGGAGAAUCGUGGACCCCACUCUAAUCCAGGAUUUUCGUCGGCUACAUCCGGAGAAGAUGGGCAGGGCGUGGCCACUCCCCCGAGUGGUGCACAGCUGUUCCCGUUUUGAUCAUCACCGGCUCCAUAUCAACCCUGGUCGUGCAGGCCUGGGUUGUCAGUCUGUUACGUCUUCUGCCCCGAGUACCUGCUCUCUUCUGCCUGCCUCCGGUGUUGUGCCUCGGGACUCACACCGUGAUUAGCUGUGCCUACCUCCGACGUCGAUCCUCAGGACUCACGUCGGAAUUGCUAAAACAUCCUUACGGAAUAAAGUUCCUUAUCCCUAUCCUAUCUCCUGUGGUCUGCUCUUGGGUCCUAACCCUGUUCUCCCGUGACAUUAGAAGGCGUGAGACUUUGGUGAGAGGGUGAUGUUAUACUGUCUUUGAUUGUGCCAUACUAUGGUCUCAGAGGAGUACCCAGUAGAAUGAGAGGGUUACAAAUACCUGGAGACAACGGUUCUCUAGUACAAGGGGUAGAUGAAGGUCCUGGAUAUAGAUGGUGUUAGCUUAGCUUUUUAUAAUAUAGUUAUCAGCUUUUAGGCUGUUAGAGAUUUCCACUCUGUUAAAUAAUGUUGUGGUACGAUAGACAUUUUUGUGAAAUUAUUCCUUUGAAGGAGAUGUUUUCGCCGGCCCCGGUUCAAACACCUGCCUCGGUCUGAGAUCCUCUUGACUCCGUACACAGUCACAGAAGACAGUGUCCUCCUUAAUCCUUUGUGGGCAGGAGGGGAUGAGACUCUCCGGCAGGGUCCUCUGAUCCGUGAGCAGAGAUGAAGUUCUCCGAUGUUUGUCCCGGACGAUGUUCUAUUGUCUUGGACAGUGUUGUUACCGGACACUGUCCCACGUCGUAAUCCCUCCCGAUGUCUCGAGUCGUCUCUUUUCCUCGUUGCAAUAAGAGGAACCUGAUUACUUUGUUUUAAAGCAAAGAGUAUUUAGCAAAGUUAAGGGUUUCAGCUGGAAGGCCGAUUCUCCCAGUUGCUCAGUGACAUCACUCUUUGUCACAGUUAACACACACACACAUUUUUAACUCAACGGAUACACUCUUUGCUAUAAUAAGAGGAACUUGAUUUACUUCCUAUAAAGCAUAGAGUGUUUGAAGGGCUGAUUCUUCUUCAUGCCCAGACCAGAGCAGAGCGUCCCUGCAAUGAGGACCAGAGGCUCGAGCUGGUGGACCAUCACGGAUAAAACAGCAGCUUGUGAAUGUUUGAGUACAGAAGGGAAGUCUGUGUGUGCUGAACAAGUUAAAACACAUCCAUUAUCAUUCACUUGUGACUAUCUACACCUGUUGGACUGGUUCUGACGUCACACAGUUUGAUUCUGGACUUGGACUCUGAAGAGAUGGGGGCGUGACGGCGUCCUCAGAUCAAAUGCACACUCACAACAGGACUGACAGGAAGACAUGAGCAGCUUCUUCUCUCCAGAGGUUCCUCCACACAUGAAGGUGAACGUGUCUGUAAACUGACCUGAGCUCAGUUCAGCAGGUGAGAAUCCGACCGGAGGAAUCUGGACAUGUUUGAUCACUUUGAUCACUUUGUGUUCUUUCUCUCUUUAACUGGACGGUAGAAAAGGAUCCUGAUGCUGAUUGGCUGAUCAUUUCUUUUGCUUUCAGCUGGAAUAAUAGUCCAUCAUUAAUAUUUGACUUAAAGGACAGUGAUUGAUAAAGAUGUGCACGUCUUAUAAUAAAAUAAGAGCUGAAACCUUGAA